AUGUAUUCCUACGAAAAGGUUCAUCCAGAGGACAGCGAGCAGCUGCUGGGGUCGGAGUCGGAGAGAGUGGUGGUCAAUCGCCCUCUCUCGCGAGCCCACCGUUGGACAGCAAUCGCGUUGGUUCUUGGUCUGGUAGCUUCGUUAUCUCUCAAUGCGUGGUGGCUGCUAGGGCAGAGAGAGGGAGAGCUGGAUCCAGAUGCGGCCAUGGCGAAACAGCGCUCUCCAUACACCGGAAUCGCAUUCGAUACCCAUAGUCCUUAUUCUCACCAUAGCGAGUAUACCAGCGAAAACAAGACUCAUGCCAAUUACAUGUGGGAGAACCUCGACACGGACCAUAUGGUUAUUGCUCCUACUCAGGAGUGGGCUCAGAGCAAGGGUCUGUCCGAGUCCUGGCCUUUUCCAUGGGAUUCGAACAGGAGCAUCUAUUUCGUCAAGGUGUUCCAUCAGCUUCACUGCCUGAAAAUCAUGCGCAAAACCUUCCACGAGGCCUGGGAUGACCAGGACAUGUCCAUCCCACCCGAACACAUUGAGCACUGCUUGGACUCGCUGCGACAGGACCUAAUGUGCAAGGCCGAUGAUACUCCGAUGCCAUCUCUCCAGCUGUUGAAUGGAGGUGGGGAGGGCCAGCUGAUGCAGUGUAAAAACUUUGACGAGCUGGUGGCCUGGACACAAGCGCCGGAGCGGAAUGCCUGCUACAAGCGCCUGACGGACUACAAGCCGAUCGUGCAUAGUGUCGAGCGUUAUGCGUUCUGCCCGGCGGACAGUCCGCAUUUUGCCAAGAUGAACGAGUACUUUGAGAAACACGGCCACUGGGCGGACCCAUUUGCCGAGUAA